AUGAUGAAUAAUACUACCGAAUACCCAUCUUAGAUUACUGAGACCAUUCAAGGAAUCACUUUUUCAAGUGCAUUCGAUUCUGGGAAUCUAAAGAGUGUUCGUAAAGAAAAUAGUGGAAGAGUACUAAAAUUAUAACAUUAUUAAGUUCAUCCUUAAUAUAUCAAGUGAUUGGGGAAUAAAUGGUAAAACAACUAAUUAUAGAACAUGGUUUUACUUCUCAGUGUCUGGAGUGAAUGAAGGAGAACUUACAUUUGUUAUUGCAAAUCUGUAAAACUAAGUAAUUAAUUACAUCUUCAUCAUAGAUGGGACUUUUCAAAGAUGGUAUGCAGCCAGUCUUUAGAAAUUGUCAUUCUUCAUAAUGGGAAAGAUUAAAAUAGCCAUGCUAAUAUCGCUUAGUUCCAGAAGGUCAUUUUGAAAUAACUUUUAGACAUAAUUUCCUUAAUGAAUCAACAGUUUAUUUUGCUUUUUUCUACCCUUGGAGUUGUGAAGAUAAUGAUGUAUUUAAACUAAAUAGUUAUAGAAUUUUCUAUAACUAUGUUAAGCAAUGUCUCUUUAAGUACCAGACAUAUAUUAUGAUAAUUCAGUACUGGCUUACUCAAAAGAGGGUAGACCUAUUAACCUAAUUACAAUAACUAAUGGAUCAUCCUAAAUUAAGGAGGAAUCUAUACCAGGAUUAUUCCCUUAAAGUAGACCUUUUUAAUUCAAAAAACCACACAUUUUUAUAUCUGCUAGAGUUCAUCCAGGGGAAGUGCCAGGAUCUUUUGUUAAUAAUGGAUUAAUGAAAUAUUUACUAAAUGCAUAUGAUCCUGCUGCACAGGUGGCAAGAGAAAAGUUUGUUUGGUGUAUCGUACCUAUUAUAAAUCCUGAUGGUGUGUAUAGGGGACAUUAUAGGACUGAUUCCUUAUGUUAAAAUCUGAAUAGAUAUUAUCUAUCACCUUCUAAGGAGGAUCACCCAACAAUUUAUGCUAUAAAAGAAUAUAUAAUGAGACUUCAAAAUACAGAUAGAUUUUAUGGAUAUAUUGAUUUACAUGCUCAUGCUGGUCAUAAGGGAGUAUUUAUUUAUGGAAAUUAAUUACCAUCAUUAAGCUAACAUACAUCAAAUUGCAUAAUACCAAGAUUGAUUAGUUUGUAUUCAGAAAUCUUUGAUUAUGAUGCUUGUAAUUUUACUGAAAAAAAUAUGUAUGCUGCAGAUAAAGGAGAUGGAUUAAGUAAGGAAGGUUCUGGAAGAGUAGCUUUUUAUAAGAUUUGUGGCAUUAUACAUAGUUACACUCUAGAAUGUAAUUAUAAUACAGGAAGAAUUACUAAUAUCAUGUAUGAAGAAAGUGGAAGUAAAAUUUAUAUUAAAAAAUAAGAUAAUUCAUACACAGAUGAUUAAUUAGAUGAAAAUAUUAUAUUGGGAUCUGUCUAAACAUCAAAUCCAAAAUCUUAUUUUUUUACAAUUUAAGAUUAUGAAUAAGUAGGUGUUGGUAUUGUAAAUGCAUUUUUAGACUUUAAUCUUAUAAAUCCUAUGAGCAAAUUAUCAGCUUCUCCUUUUAAGACUUUAGCUAAUUUGAGAUCAUUUUUAGCUUAUAAUAUAAUGAGAACUAUGCAUUACAGAUUUGAACCAUAUUUAAGGAAGGUUUUAAAGUAAAUUAAUAAUUUUUUAUUUAGGUUUAUAAAUAACAAAGAAUAAUUGAAUAGAGUUUUGAAAGCAUUUUAUGAAUAUAUUUGUAAUGGAUAGAUUAAAGAUAAUUUAGAAGGUAAUUUAGAUGUUGUUGUAUAAAAACCAUUGACAAAAUACUAAAAGGCUUAGGAAAUAAAGAAAGAAAAAAAACAGCAAUAAUAAGAAUAAUAAUAAUAAUAAUAAUAAUAAUAAUAAUAAUAAUAAUAAUAAUAAUAAUAAUAAAUAUAAUAAUAAUAAUAAUAAUAAUAAUAAUAGUAAUAAUAGUAAUAAUAAUAAAAGUAAUAAUUCAGAAGAUCUUAAUAUGAAUAAGUUCCUGUUAAGUAAUAUCCAUUCUCAGAAGUUGAUUUAGAUGCUAGAUAAAUGAGAACAUAAAGUUAAGGCAAAGCACGAACAAAAUCAGAAACAAAAAAAUAAUAAUAAGUGUAGUAAUAAUAAUAAUAAAAAGUAUAAAGGGCAUUUAAAAUUAAAAGAAAUGUGAAAAUAUGA